UGAAACGAGCGGACUGAUUCGCCCUAUGUAGUCGCUUAUGUGUGGAUUUGGAACGCGGCCCUGAGCAGUAGCCGCUUUUUAAAGCCGCGCAGCUGCGCUCAGGCUUGUUAGAGGAAGAUGGCGGCGGAGAGCGGACGCGUUCGGCUUCUCCUGCGCUGCAUCCUGUCCCUGAGCCUCGGCGCGCUGGCGGCGCACGGGCUCAAACCUGGAGCCAAUGGGAACCUGCAUCCACCUCCUCCUCCGGUCGUGGUGGUGCCCGUGAACCGGCAGCUGAAGCUCGGAGCGCCGAAUCCGGUGAAUGUCGGAGGAGCAGCGGCAGUAUCGCAGGCGAGGAGGGCGCUUGGCUGGAAGCUGGCGGAGGAGGAGGCCUGCCGGGACGAUGUGAACCGGCUGUGUCCUAAACACACCUGGAGCAACAACCUGGCUGUGUUGGAAUGCUUACAGGACAGAAAGGAGGAAACUGAGAUCUCUUCUGAUUGCAACCACUUGCUCUGGAACUACAAACUGAACUUGACUACUGAUCCCAAGUUUGAGUCUGUAGCAGUCGAAGUGUGUAAAAGUACAAUAUCCGAGAUUAAAGAAUGCGCGGUCGAGGAGCGAGGUAAAGGCUAUCUAGUGUCCUGCUUGGUGGAUCACCGCAGCAACAUCACAGAGUUCCAGUGCAAUCAGUACAUCACGAAGAUGACCAGCAUCAUCUUCAGUGACUACCGGCUCAUAUGCGGCUUCAUGGACAAGUGUCGGGAGGACAUUAACACCCUGCACUGUGGAAGCAUCAUCACUGGGGAGAAAGACCUGCAUUCCCAAGGUGAGGUUAUUUCCUGUCUGGAGAAAGCUUUGGUACGAGAAGCAGAGCAGCAAGACAAGGUUCACCAAAUUCGAGACGACUGCAAGAAGGCCAUCAUGCGAGUGGCCGAGCUUUCGUCCGACGACUUCCACCUGGACCGCUACCUCUACUUUUCUUGUCGGGACGAUCGAGAGCGUUUCUGUGAAAACACCCAAGUUGGAGAAGGCAGAGUUUACAAGUGUCUCUUCAACCACAAAUUUGAGGAAGCGAUGUCCGAAAAGUGCAGAGACGCCCUGACCACCAGACAGAAGCUGAUCGCUCAGGACUAUAAGGUCAGUUACUCUCUGGCGAAAGCGUGCAAGGCUGACCUCCGUAAAUAUCACUGCAGCCUGGACGCCAACAUGCCCCGAGCCCGAGAGGCGCGACUGUCAUACUUACUACUCUGCCUGGAGUCUGCAAUGCACAGAGGACGCACGGUGAACGGAGACUGUCAGGGCGAGAUGCUGGACUACCGGCACAUGCUGAUGGAAGAUUUCUCCCUGAGCCCGGAGAUUGUGCUGCACUGCCGGGGCGAGAUCGAGUCUCACUGCUCCGGCCUGCACCGCAAGGGACGAACCCUGCACUGUCUCAUGAGGGUGAGCCGAGGAGACAAGGGCCCGAUGGACAGCCACUGUCAAAACGCUCUCCAGGCACUCAUCCAGUCCGCUGACCCUGGUGCUGAUUACCGCAUUGACCGUGCUCUCAAUGAAGCGUGCGAGUCUGUAAUACAGACAGCCUGCAAACACAUCCGCAACGGAGAUCCCAUGAUCCUCUCAUGUCUAAUGGAGCAUCUCUACACUGAAAAGAUGGUUGAAGACUGUGAGCACCGGCUGCUUGAGCUGCAGUACUUCAUCUCCAGAGACUGGAAACUCGACCCGAUGUUAUAUCGGAAAUGCCAGAACGACGCGUCCCGGCUCUGUCACACGCACGGCUGGAACGAGACCAGCGAGAUGAUGCCUCCGGGUGCGGUGUUUUCCUGCCUCUAUCGCCAUGCUUACCGGACAGAAGAGCAGGGAAGACGGCUCACGAGGGAAUGUAAAGUGGAAGUUCAGAGGAUCUUGCAUCAGAGGGCUUUGGAUGUAAAGCUGGACCCAGAUCUCCAGAAACGCUGCAUGACUGACCUGGGAAAGUGGUGCAGUGAAAAGACAGAUACCGGUCAGGAGCUGGAGUGCCUACAGGAUCAUCUGGAGGAUCUGAUGGCAGACUGCAGGGAUGUGGUGGGAAACCUGACCGAGCUCGAGUCCGAGGACAUCCAGAUUGAAGCACUGCUGAUGCGUGCGUGUGAACCGGUCAUCCAGGCCCACUGCCACGACAUGGCUGAUAAUCAGUUGGACACUGGGGAUCUGAUGGAGUGCCUGGUGCAGAACAAGCAUCAGAAGGAGAUGAACGAUAAGUGUGCUGUAGGAGUGACGCACUUCCAGCUGAUUCAGUUGAAGGACUUCCGUUUCUCCUAUAAGUUCAAGAUGGCCUGCAAGGAGGACGUCCUCAAACUGUGCCCUAACAUCAAAAGGAAAGGUGAUGUAGUGAUCUGUUUGAGCACCACAGUGAGGAACGACACUCUCCAGGACGUGAAGGAUCAUCGGGUGUCCCUGAAGUGUCGCAGACAGCUCCGGGUGGAAGAGCUGGACAUGUCAGAAGACGUUCGACUAGAUCCUGAACUGCACAAUGCAUGUAAGAAGGAUAUCGAGAGAUGGUGCUCUUCCGUUUCAUUCGGCAACGCUCAGGUCACCGAGUGUUUGAAGGAGAAUAAAGAGCAGCUGUCUCACACAUGCCAUCAGAAGGUGUUUAAGCUUCAGGAGAUGGAGAUGAUGGACCCUGAGCUGGACUACCAGUUAAUGAGAGUCUGCAAGCAGAUGAUUAAGCGCUUUUGUACGGAGUCUGAUGCCAAGAACAUGCUGCAGUGCCUGAAACAGAACAAAAACAGUGAGCUAAUGGACCCCAAGUGUAAGCAGAUGAUCACCAAGAGACAGAUCACUCAGAGCACAGACUACAGACUUAAUCCUGUGCUACGGAAGGCCUGCAAGGCCGAUAUUCCCAAAUUCUGUCAGAACAUCGUGAGCAAGGCCACCGAUGACACUGAACUGGAGGGCCAGGUCAUUUCCUGUCUCAAGCUCAAGUAUGCCGAUCAGCGUCUGUCUUCAGACUGUGAGGACCAGAUCAGGGUGAUCCUGCAGGAGUCGGCUCUUGACUACAGACUGGAUCCUCAGCUUCAGCUUCACUGCAGUAAGGAGAUUAGGGAGUUAUGUGCAGAAGAAGCUGCUGCACAAGAACAAACAGGCCAGGUGGAGGAAUGUCUGAAGACCAACCUGCUGAAACUCAAACAUGACAUUUGCAAAAAGGAUGUCUUGAACAUGCUCAAGGAGAGCAAAGCAGACAUUUUCGUCGAUCCCGUCUUGCACACAGCCUGCGCUUUGGACCUGAAGCACCAGUGCGCGUCGAUACCCCCCGGCCGAGGCCGACAGAUGUCUUGUUUGAUCGAGGCUCUCCAGGACAAGCGGGUGAGACUGCAACCUGAGUGUAAGAAGAGACUGCAAGACCGGAUAGAUAUGUGGAGUUAUGCAGCUAAGGUGGCCCCAGCUGAAGAUUUUGCAGAUCUGGCCUUCCAGGUGAUGAUAUCACCGUCCAAGAAUUACAUUCUGUUGGUGGUGGCGCUGGCCGUGUGUGCACUCUUCCUGGUCGGCUUGCUGUGUGGCCGCAUCACUAAACGUGUGACACGGGAGCUGAAGGACAGGUAGAGCCUGGAUCCUGACCUCAUACAUCUCAGACUCGUUUAAGAACAGACAAAAAGGAGGAAGGCCUCGAAACUUUUCACCACUUAACCAUCGUUAAAACACUGACCUGAGUGUCCUGCUUUACCAUCCAUGAAUGGGACGCUGUAAGUAAACUCGUGGUGGUAGGAUCGGGGGCUUGUUCUGCUCUAUGCUGCCCCCUGCUGUGAAUGUCCCAGAAUGCACAUCAGAAUUGAACGGACUCAAGCGUUCUGGUAUGUUACUCUGUGCUUUCUUUGUUUUGUUUUGUUUUUUUUCCUAGGGUUUUGAUCGAAUGCUUAAUUGAUUGUGCAAACGACAUGCCAUGUUGGUCACAGAUUUUCUCAAACCCCCUUUUUUUUCUAGGAUUUUGAGCACUCUGAAGCAGUGUAUGCCCAUUUUCCUCUCAGAAGAACAGCCAUAUGGUUUCAUUAUUAAAAAAUAGUAUACAAAUAGUAUAAAUAAGGGCUUUCGCUGUCCCAAACCACUGGAUCCUAACAUGUAAACAAAAUUAUUUGAAAUAUAUAUUCAUGUGAAAAUGUGGACCGAUGAUCAUGGGAUAUUUUUCAAAUAGUUCAGUAGCCUAUGAAGAAACUUAUAAUCUAUAUAAAUAUAUAGAGAGACAGAUUAUUACUGUUUAUAAAACACAUACAUAGUGAAUUAUUGUCUUUCUGAAGCUAAGGCUUUGGGAAAGAGUUGAUUAUACUGUAUACUCACACAAUAGAGUUAAAUCUGGAGAAUUUCUACUCUGGUUGCUUCAUCCAGUCCUUCAAUCCACACAAGCACCUUCAUGAAGAGUUCGGGUUCUCAGAGGAAAUGGUUCUAAAAUAUAUUUUUUCCACUUUCAAGUUGAAAGAGAAACUCACUUUGGUUUUUGGUUUUGUGAUCUAAAAACACAAUUUUUUUUAUGGUCGAUUUUAUCUACCAGGGGUUUCUUUUCGUGGGAAUUCCUCUCUUUUUUAUUUAGUUUCCAAGUGAUUGUUGUGAAAAAGUUACUACCUAUUUAGAAUUUAUUCCCAAACCUAUAGGUGUGUGUUGUCUGUAAAAGAAAAAAAAAAAGAAAAAAAAAAAAGAGCCAAAUUUCCAUCUCGGAUGAGGACAAACUCCAGAGUUUUCUUUGAAUGUUGAUUGAAUUCUUGCAUCCUUUUUGGCCCGGGAUCUUAUUUAUUGUAUAUUCUUUUAUUUAAUUGAUGUUUUCCUUUAUCCCAUGCUUCCUUCAGUCCAUCCACCAGCUUCUCACAUUGCUUUGCCAGAGCUCGUUUCAGCAGUUCACCCGGUGCUCAAGGCGACAGGAUACGACAAUAUGUGGGAAAGAUUCAUGAGCAGCUUUGUUUUGCCUAAUUGACAUCACAGAAAGUAUAAAUAUGUGCACCUUUCUUCUGCAUUAUCCAUCAGAAUAUGGCCUUUUUGCAGUGUAAGGGGUUCUUUAUACUGACCCUGGGAACUGCUGUCCAUAUUGAACACUAGAGGUCGCUGUUUGACACAUUUAUAUAACGAUCACCUGAUUAUUUGUGAUGCACUUUGAAUUCUAGGGUUGUUUUUUUAUGUGCUUUUACAUUUUUCUUCUUCUUUUUCUCAAAAUUAAACUUUUUCCUCCCCAUGAAUAUACAGUGGACAAAAGGUGUGUUGGGGUGGUGGUGGUGGUGGUGGUGGGUGGGACAAAUUUAUCUUUGAAAUGUGGAACUGGAGGUUCACUUAAGUGAAAACCAGAAUCUCCUGAUCUUCUGUACAACGGCAUCAACAAGACCAGAAUCUGCUGAAUAUCACAUUUUCAAGAUGCAGAUUUGUGGAUCUUCUCCGAGGGUAAGGACACUGGGAGCAGUAUCAUGUGCAAUAUCAUCUCACCUUUUUGAAGAAUUUUGGACAAAAAUCACACUUUCCUCAAUAUGGCCAGAUAUAUAUAUAUAAGAAUUACAUCAACAUUUUAUCUGAAGGUAUUUGGAGCAGUUUUAAUGCACCAUUUUGGCAAAAGUUUAUGGACACCUGAGCAUACGUUUCCUGAGCUUUUUGAGCAUCUCAUUCCACAUUAAGAACUUAUUUGCUGGUAUAUUAACCUCCACUAGAUUUUGUGCUCAUUCAGCUGCCAUGGUGUUGGUAAAGUCAGGUACUGAUGAAGAUAAGAAGGUGAGGAGAUCUGGGGUGCAUUCAGCGUUCACAUUCAUCACAAACAUGUUCAAUAGGGUUUAGAGCUCUAUAGCUGGAGAUCUUCCACUCCAAACCCAUAUAAGCAUAUCUCCAUGGAGCUGGCUUUGUGCACAUUGGAUGUGAUGGCAUGGAAAUUAAACACUAUUAGACCAAAACUUGUUCCAGCAUGAUGAAGACGUCCAAUUCCUCCAUUGGGAAACGAGUACAAAUGACUGGAAAAGUCUAAUCUCAUGCCCAUAAAAAUGUGAUUUUUAUUCUCUGAGCUUUUUCCCAACUACACAGUUUAUUCCUCCAUUAUCCCUUUUUUUAAUAAGCAGUUUGAGGAUUCUUCUUGUUCUGAUGACACGGGUUUUUCAUGUCGUCCAGACAAAUAAUUGGUGGUGUUCUGUAAAUAUUAGAUCUUCUGUAGACGGCCCCGUUUUUUUGUUGAUUGUUUUAGGUUUCUGAAGUCUGAUUACUGUACAUGCCUAUAUUUUGUAGAUAAAAUGUCCUGCCUAAAUUGUACAUAAAGGUCAUGAUUGUACGGAAAAAAUUUUUUUUUCCCCUCAAAUAUUUGAAAUUCUGAUUUUAUUUCUACUCUGGUUAUUUUUUCCUCAAACGGUUGGAGACGGACUUCUGACACAGACUCGUGCACUUUUGCUUUGUUUAGUUUUUUGUUAGUUUUUUCCCAUUUAAAACUCUAAAGUGCAAUGAUGAGUAUGAUCACACAAUGUUUGAAAGUGCGCAGAAUCAAGUGCAAGAAUGUGUAAUAAUAAAAACGAAGUGAUGAUGAAGUACACUGUGGAACCCAAACUGGAAAUCCCACUGAUUCUCGUUUCCGUUUGUAACGACUGAAAACGUUUCAUUUCCUUUUCUUUCUUUUGUACUGUGUCGAGUUUUAUUCAGAAGUGCUUACAUGACCUAAACCAGCCUGUAAAAAAAAAAAGCUCUGGCUGUGACUUUUUUUUUCCGUGUAAAAUGGAGAUGAAACAAACUGAGCAGAUGGUGGAUUUUUUUUAAUUGUCUGUACAGAUUAUGAUUUGUGAGUUUAAUAAGACAAUAUUCACUUUUUCUUA